UUUCUCUUUUCCGUGCAAGGACCCUGUCGACUGGUAGUUUUUUUAACCAUCUGUUUAAUUUAUUAGUUUUUAAAUGAGUCUUUAUUAGUUCCAUAAUCAUCUGAAUUGUGUUUUUCAUUAGAAUUUUAUUUAUUUUAGAGAAGAUGUUACAGUCGAGGACUCAGCUGGUCGUUUUUCUGCUGGUAGCUAUAGGAGGAAACUCAGCCAAAUCCGUAGACUACAAAGAAGAGAGCAAAGAAGCUGUCCUAAGUCCCAGUCCUGUGACGGAUCCCAUCACUAGUGUAACGUGGAAAUAUUAUAGUGACAUAGCAUUAGACUGGUAUGGAGAUCAAACAGUCUGCUACCGGCAAUUCAGAGAUCGGUGCAAGUUGAACAAGACAACAGGAGAGCUAACAAUCAUAAACCUGUAUAAAAAUGACAGCGGCACCUACACACCAGAGAUCAAUAAUAUAAUCCUUCAAACGACUGAAAUCCUGGUUAUCUCUCCCGUCCCCACACCUACAGUUACCACAAGGUGCAACGGUGAGAAAACCCGCUGUCUUUUAACCUGUGAAGGGAACAUCGCAGGUGCUGAGCCGGUCUCCUAUGUCUGGAUGUCUGAUCACACCUCACUACCAAGUUCUACCAAGGAGCUAAACAUAACAAAGGAGGAGACGAAGGAUUCGAUUAGCUGCAUGCUGAGAAACCCGGUCAGCAACAGAAGCUGCGAAAUCCUGAACCCUUUUAAAGAAAUUAACAACAGGGCUUACAUUGGAAUAGUGCUACCCAUCACUUUGAUUCUGGUUCUGGUUCUGGUCAUUUGUGUCAUCAUUUUCGGAGAGAAAGUCAAAUCCAGAGAAGUUCAGACAGCUCUGAUGAAGACUCUGGAGCCAGAGGAGGCCGAGGAGAAGAGUCUACUUCCUUCACAAGACUCUCUUCCCAUAGCCAGUUUCUCCGGAGAUGUAGAGAAAGGAGUCGAGAACGGAAACGAGGAGAGAGGAGACCAGGAUGUUCCUCCAGAGGAACUCACAUGCAAACCAUCAGAGAAUGACACAGACAAGAAUGAAGAUGAAGAAGUUAAAAUCACUUCAGCAGAAGAAGCAGAGGAUAAAGACUCUGCUGAGUCUGGCAUAGCUUCAUCGGCUGUCCAGGUCGCAUCACAGAGUCCUGAUGGAAAUACAGAUAAUGCGCAACCUGGUGGAGACAAAUGUCUUUGUAAAUAUGAUGGUCGUUGCAACAAGAUAAGUCAUGAUCACAGAAGAAAAUUCAGACACACAGUAGAUCCUGUGGUCUGGCUUGCAGUAAGACUUGGUAAUGACCAGAAAAAUGUCAUGUUAAAAGAGCCGAGUCUGCCAAUCUUUCUAAAUGCAGUUCAUGAAAAGUUUAAGGUCCCAGAACAAACAGAAAUGAAGGUCUUCGACUGCAAAAUGACUGAGUUGGAUGACAAUGACUGUUUUGAACGCUUGGUAGACAAUCGUCCAUGUGGGAUAUUCACUGUGAAAUAUAACACAGGCCCUACCAAGUCCUCGUGUACCAUGUCAUGAUUCAGCUGACUCGGGCGAUAUAGAAGUUACAGAGGAGCACACAUGACUAACUCAUGGACAUCAGUCACUCCCAGUGAUAAAAACUUAAGAGGAGGAGGAUGAAAAUAUCAUUUUUGGACUCAUCCUAAGACGGGACAGCAGCAGAUUCUGUUAAAAACCUGUUAAAAACUGGCUGAAAACAAAACAAGAGUGACCCAACCUAUAAAAUGUAAAAAAGUCUGCAGUCAUGUUGUUUUGGAGCAUUAGUGUGUUUUUAAUUUUUAUUAGACAAAUUAGAGCUUUUUUAUAAAGUAGACAGGAAUUAAGUUAUAUUGUUUUCAUGUUGAUGUUGUUUAUAUUGCUAAGGUUUUUAUGUUACUUUUUUCCCUGUUUUAUUUCUCUUUGAAAGGUCCAAUCAGGGACAAGAGUUAAAAAUAACUUUGCUAUAUACUUUUCUUGCUAAACAUUAGUUGCACUAUAUGUUUUCUAUGUUUCUAUGCUUUGUCCAUGAUAAAUACAUGUAUAAACAUUUUUUAAAUCUUAUAAUUUCUGGUAGUAUGUUUAGUUAAUAUUCUAAAUGUUUUUGAUUGAAUUUCUGUAUCAUAUAUAGAACAAACAGAAAAAAUAUUUUAAAUUAGUCACCAGGUUUAUUAUAAAUUCAUCUUCUGUCAUCCAGCCUCUAAAAUACUAAAUAAAAAGGGUUCUAGCUGUCCAGUGGUUUUAAAUAUUUUUAAUGAUGGAUGUGGUUAUGAACAAUUAUAUCAUUUUAUGUAGUAUGUUUGAUACAAUCUACAAUAAAAUGGCAGGGAAAUGUUUUAUAAUGCAUUUUAUUACAAAAUAAUUCAUGUUUAUUCCAAAUCUUCAAACGUCAGCAGGACUUCGAUUUUGAAUCGACAUUUUUAUUUUCUAAGAGAGCUGAUUAGUUGGGAGGUAAACCUGAAUGAGACCACUUCCGGUUCAGCGCUGCAAAGCUGGUUUGGUUCUGUCCCCAUGGCAACUUAUCUUAUAAACUUCGCUUCCCAUAGCCAAAGAAGAUGAGAUCUACCAAGACACUUUCUUGAUCGGCUAGGAAAGAAUCCCUCCUCCUUUGCGAAUAAUAACAGAAUGGAACGGUCCUUCUGUUGUCAUGGCAACAACCCCAUAGUCAUUUUCAAAACACAAAGUUAAAAAAAGAAAAAAGAAAAGAAGGAAGGACGGAAGAAUAAUUGUCCCUCCUCAAGGAAUCUAAACAAAUAAAAGAAGAACAAGAAGACGGUAAAUGUUUUUCGGUUAGAUCAGGUCACGUAGCAUCCAAGAAGCAGCACCCGUUCGGAUUCGGGACCCUACUGGACUCUGAAGACCCGGUCUGAACAAAAACCUGAACAACUUUCAAUCUUUAGGAUGGAACUUUCAUUUCAAUCUCUGAAAAUCGCACAUCAAGCCCGAGAAGCGGUGAGUGAAGAGAGUUUUUCUUCUUUUAACCGCAGGCAGAUGUGACGGAUAACUUUAGUUUAGCUAACAACUUUAAGCUAUCAGUCCGAGAUAAUGCUUAUGACCAGAUUAACAGCUCCAAGUUACAGUCGGUGAUAUGACAUUUAUCCCAGCUCAGGCAGGUUCAUUGGACUCAAAUAGUUAAUGAUAAACUGCCAGUAACAUGUUUUCAAAACAAGUUAACCUCAAAGCGAAUUAUGCUAGUUUUUAUACAUGCAGAGCCACAUUGGAAAACUAGCGUCCACUGGUUGCCUGGAUACCACGUCAGGUGUUUUACCUUGUGGUGGUUUGUCGAUCCCAUGGCGACUGGUAUCUAUCGGCCUGAGCACCAUCUGAUAGUCGUUUAUUUAUUUGUUUGAGCGGACAAUCUUAAAUCUAUUCUGUUUUAAAUAAAUAAAUAAUUAAACAGUUAGGCUGUCAAAAAACAGCCAAAAAUUAUCAAAUAUUUGAUUAUUAUUGGUUUAUUGAGACACUUGACAACGUUAUUAGCGACUCGUCUUUAAUUUAACCAUUAGUUGACCAGGCAAAACAUUAAGAACAAAUUCUUAUUUACAAGGUUGGCCUGACAAGUGUCAGAAAACACUUGUAAGACAGUAAAAAAAAAAAAAAAAAAAAGAAAGUAUAAGCUCUCCCCUUAA